AUGAGUAAACCGCGAUGCGGUUUCCGAAAUAUCCUGAAGCACGGAACGAAAGCGAGCCUGUCCAAAUGGCCGAAGACGCACCUGACGUGGCAUUUUCACUUAGCCGACGAAACCGAGCUGAACACGGCGCGGGCCGCGUUCGACCUGUGGUCGCAGCAUUCGGCAUUGACGUUCGAACGCUCCGAAACGCCGAAUGCCGACAUUAUAAUAUCUUGGCGACGCCUACGUCACUAUAACACGAAUACCAAGGUAAACGGAGCAAUUUGCUCGAACAAAUUCGACGGCCCCGGCAACGUGCUCGCCCACGCGUCUCUCCCGACGGACCAAGCGAGGUUCGUCUCCGAGGUGCAAGUCGACGGGGACGAGCCAUGGCACAUUUACGUCAUUAAACAUCCCACGGAUAGGUUCUCCCUGCAUUACACGCUGACGCACAAGAUCGGCCACUCUCUCGGAUUGGUGCACAACAGGCGCAAAACAUCGGUGAUGUUCGCGAUACAGCCGGACCAGCAGUAUCCGGUGAAACUCGACCAAAACGACAUCGCCGACAUUCAAUGUUUGUACGGUGAAAAAAAUAAUUUGGUAUACUUGGUUCAAUAUCCGGAAUUUAGUCUGCGGCCAGGUUGGCCGAAGACCCUGCAAGAACUCGGAUUUCCCGAAAACACGUUGAUCAACGGAGCGGUGAACACCCACAGAGGACGUUCCUUCGUGGUGUUCAACGGUAACGCGGUGGGCGAGAUAGACGAAUGCGACAAGGACAAGAGAGUCGCCAAAUUUACGCCCCUCGAGGCGACGUUUCCCGGAAUACCGACCGGCGUGACGUCGAUCUUCCGCUACGUCGACGGCAAUCUGUACUUCACCACUCGGGCGCAGUUCUACAAAUUCAACGAAUUUACGAGGACCGUCUCGUCGGCCGGUAAAUUCAAUCUGCGGAUGCUAAAUAUCGUCUGCCCUAAGGUCGAACUGCUGCAGCAAUUGCGCGAUCUCCUCGAUCGAAUCGUACGCCUCAACGAUAACUCGUUAACGUCGGCGGCGAGCGAUUAUUCGAACGAUGACGAAACCGGCGUUUGGCUCUCCGAUCUCCGCAUCCGCCGAAGGAAGUAA